UCAGCUAACCCACUGAGGUUAUCAGUUAUCUUGGUCUUCGACUCUUCGAUCGUUAAAUUAGGGUUUGUUUCAAAGGAGGAAGAAGAAGAAGAUGGCAGUGUUGUCCAUCGACAGACUACCUCUAGGGUUCCGAUUCAGGCCGUCGGACGAGGAGCUCAUAAAUCAUUACCUGAGGUUGAAGGUAAACGGUCGUGAUUCCGAGGUCGAAGUCAUACGUGAAGUCGAUAUCUGCAAAUGGGAGCCCUGGGACUUACCUGGGCUUUCGGUGAUAAAGACGGAGGACCCGGAGUGGUUCUUCUUCUGCCCACGAGAUAGGAAAUAUCCAAAUGGGCACCGAUCAAACAGGGCUACUGAUGCUGGCUAUUGGAAGGCUACAGGGAAGGACCGCACUAUCAAGUCUGGUAGACCUAAUCAAAGCUUGAUUGGGAUGAAGAAGACUUUGGUUUUCUACAGAGGUCGUGCCCCCAAAGGUCAGCGUACUCGUUGGAUUAUGCACGAGUAUCGGCCCACCCUGAAGGAGCUAGAUGGAACUGGUCCAGGCCAGAGUGCCUUUGUUAUCUUUCGAUUGUUCCGGAAGCCUGAGGAGAAUAUUGAGAGUCAAAAGUAUGAUGAGGUGGAGAAUAAUGGAUUAUCUCCUACUACAAGCAAAUCCUCUCCCGAUGACAUGACAUCAGAUCUAGUUGAAGAAGCAGAAACAUCCGCAAUGCAGGAAGGAAAGGAGACUGAAGGAGCAGAGAAGCAGUUUGACCAGUUGAACAAUAUGGCUCCUAACACUCUAGUACCUGUUCAGAGCUGCUCCAAUAGUCAUAUGACUUCGGAUGGCGAAGAUCAUCCAACAGUUGCGACUCCAAUGAAUGAAUAUACAAUGCUUAAUGGAAAUUCAGACAUGUACAAUCCCAUGGAUGACCAAAUUGAUUGCAAAGUAUUUCCCCCCAAGCAGUCGCAAAUUCUAGCAGAAUUGACACCACCCUACAUGGAUUCGCCCUAUGCCAGUGAUUUUGGUGAUGAUCACAAUUGGUUGCAAUUUCAGAAUGGUUCUUGUGAAGAAGAUGUAUCCUUCAGUGAUUUAUUUGAUGGCUCAUUUACUAACAAUGAUGAGUGUUCUGGUGAAGAGUCAACAAGUCGGAAGAACUCAGUUGUUGGAAGUGCGACUCAGCUACCUGGUCAUGAAUGCGUGUUGCAGACUAUACCACCUGAAUAUUCCAACAAUCAUGACAAUGAUAUUUACAACCACACCAACGCAGAAAUGUCCAGCUUACAGCAUGAUCCAGGGAUGGGCACACCCAGGAGCUAUAAUGAGCUUUUAGAUAGCAAGGAAUUGCUUCAGAUUCCAGCGUCAUUGGUAUCUUGGCCAUUACUUGGUGAAGAAAGUAGAAAUAAUGUGGGCGACCUAGGGAAUAUUUCUGUCGGGCAGGAUGCUUCAUCUGCAUAUCUCGCCAUGGGUUCAUUCUAUGAUAUAUGCAACAAUGUGGACAGAUCAAUUUGGCAAAACAAUCCUCUGGAGUAUGGCAGUAAUGGUAGUGGAACUGGAAUCAAAAUCAUAAACCGCCAGCUUCGGCAGCAACCUAAUCCAAACAAUUUUGCGAAUCAAGGAACUGCUCCUAGGAGAAUUCGUCUACAGAUAAAAAAUUCACUUGGGUCAGUUGGCAAUGGUGAGGGGAACAAUUCAAUCUACUUUGCAAACGAAGAUGAACCUCUGCCAUCAUCUACUGAGGCCAGCAAAACUACCAAACAGACUGCUAUGCCCGAGAAGUCCGUGGAUGGGAAAACCAUUGAUGUUGGUGACCCAAGAAACAAAAUUAGAACUCAUAGAACUCGUCGGCUCCGACGCCGACGGAAUACGGAGUCAAAGACUAAUAACUCUUCGUCUGAGACAGUUGGCAAUGGCAAGAUUGGAGAUGCAACCUCUGGAGAUGGUGUCCAGUCAGCGGUCACAGAGGCUACUGAAGCUGCAGUACCUGGCCCGACCUUUAAGCCGGAAAAUGAGACCCAGCUGCCCAAAAUCAAAAGCAGCUACAAGGAAACCACUGACGAAUUGUCUGGAAAACUGAGGUUAAGGGCGAGUCAGUAUGAUGAUUAUGGGAGCAGGCAAAUAGAGUCGCCUUCGAUCACGAAGGCACCAUCCCCCACACUCCAUAGCCAAAUUUACUCUAAAGUCUACAGUGCCAGCAUUUUCCUGGUGGUAGCUAUUUCUAUGGUUUCUAUUGGGGUGUGGAUGUAUGGUAGAUGAUUGUUGGGUCUGGUGUUGAUUGCAUUGGCAUAGCCAUAUAUUAUAUAUAUCCUAUAAGGCUGUAACAUGCUGAACCCCCACCUGUUUUCUUCAUCCGUGAGGCCGCCCGAUGUUGUAAUAAUCAAAAUAUCAUCAGGAGAUUAUAUUCAUAGCUUCUAUUUAUCUUUCAAAAUUAUCCUUUUC